GUGGCAGCCAUUUUACAUCCUCAAGAGUGAAUGAGUGGAGCUGAACUAGUGCCGGGAGUUGUACACUUUUCCUCUUGUAAUUAUCAAAUUUUCCUUCCGAAAUAAUCAACACCAUACAAGUUGGUGAUCCAUCGGCAGAUUUCUGGAGACAUGGCCACAGAACAUAUUAAUGGAAAUGGUCCAGAAGAACCAAUGGACACCACUGCUGCAGUUACCCAUUCUGAACACUUCCAGACUUUAUUAGAAGCUGGUUUACCACAGAAAGUUGCUGAAAAACUAGAUGAAAUUUACAUAGCAGGUUUGGUAUCACACAGUGACCUAGAUGAUAGAGCGAUUGAGGCUCUGAAAGAGUUCAACGAAGAAGGUGCUCUGCAAGUUCUGUUGCAGUUCAAGGACAGCGACCUCUCACAUGUUCAGAACAAAAGUGCCUUUCUUUGUGGAGUUAUGAAGACAUCUAGACAGAGGGAGAAACAGGGUACCAAAGUCUCAGACUCCAAUAAAGGACCAGAUGAGGCCAAAAUCAAAGCCCUGCUGGAGAGAACUGGCUACACGCUCGAUGUGACAACAGGUCAGCGGAAGUAUGGAGGCCCCCCUCCAGAUUCUGCUCACACAGGGGCACAGCCCACAAUUGGUACAGAGAUUUUUGUUGGCAAGAUCCCUAGAGAUCUAUUUGAGGAUGAGCUGGUCCCUCUGUUUGAGAAAGCCGGGCCCAUUUGGGACCUGCGUCUGAUGAUGGACCCCCUCAGUGGCCUGAACAGAGGUUACGCCUUUGUCACUUUCUGCACUAAAGAGGCGGCGCAGGAGGCUGUCAAGCUGUGUAACAACAAUGAAAUUCGACCCGGCAAACACAUUGGUGUGUGCAUCUCUGUGGCCAAUAAUAGACUAUUCGUUGGCUCCAUCCCCAAGAGUAAAACAAAAGAGCAGAUUGUGGAAGAAUUUGCCAAAGUCACAGAGGGUCUUAAUGAUGUCAUACUGUACCAUCAGCCAGAAGACAAGAAAAAGAACAGAGGCUUUUGCUUCCUGGAAUAUGAAGACCACAAAACUGCCGCUCAGGCCCGCCGCCGGCUGAUGAGUGGCAAGGUCAAGGUGUGGGCGAAUGUGGUGACUGUGGAGUGGGCUGACCCCAUAGAAGACCCUGAUCCUGAGGUCAUGGCCAAGGUGAAAGUGCUGUUUGUCCGAAACCUUGCGAGCACUGUAACGGAGGAAAUACUUGAAAAGGCCUUCAGUCAUUUUGGCAAGUUGGAGCGGGUGAAGAAGCUGAAAGACUACGCCUUCAUCCACUUUGAGGAGAGAGAGAGCGCAGUCAAGGCCUUGGCCGACCUGAAUGGGAAAGACCUGGAGGGAGAGCACAUUGAAAUAGUCUUUGCAAAGCCACCUGACCAGAAGAGGAAAGAACGCAAAGCCCAGAGACAAGCGGCUAAGACACAAAUGUAUGACGAUUACUAUUACUACGGCCCACCUCACAUGCCACCUCCCACAAGAGGCAGAGGACGAGGCGGCGGCCGAGGAGGCUACUCUUACCCCCAUGACUACUACGGCUAUGAAGAUUACUACGAUUACUAUGGCUACGACUACCACAACUACCGGGGUGGCUAUGAAGACCCCUACUACGGCUAUGAGGACUUCCAAGCUCCCGGCAGAGGACGAGGAGGGGCCCGAGGCGGAGCCCGUGGUGGUGCCACCCUAUCCUCCCGGGGCCGUGGAGCUGCCACACCCAGGGGCAGAGUGGGUGGCUUUUCUCAGCGAGGUGGAAGUGGCCCUGGAUCGAGCAGAGGUGUGCAGGGGACCAAAGGGGCACUGGCAGGGAAAAGGGGUCGAGGCCGGUCCUGACCUGUCACUAUGAAGACUGACUUACUGUGUUGGGUUACACCAGAAGCUGCAAUGGAUACGGAUGGAGAAGUCAGCAAAAUGGUCCAAUAUUCCAGCCUUACAGAAGCAUCUCCCCCAAACUGCCACCUAAACAAUCAGUGGAUUAUUUAGAAAAACUUGCCUCCCCCUGUAUGCCCCACACCCCCCCCCCCCAAAAAUGCCAUUUUAAAUAAUUAUUGAAGACUUUGCACUUUUUAAGUUUCUUAGUUUGAAGUGGCUCAAAGGAGCUUGAUGCUAUUGUAUAUUUUUGUGCUAAUCACAAUUUUUAUUGUUGGAAUAUCCCUGUUAAUCUUAAUCGUUUGAUUUGGAUGUUUGAAGAGAACAUUUGCAGGUUUUAGGUGUAACCACCUGGCAUGGAUAAGUCAGGCAUUCCAGGAAAGUGGUUAUUUUCAGAACUUGUCUUUUUUAAAGGGUUGGUUAACUACCUCAGUACAGAGGAUUAAACUACCCAGCCUGUACUGUAAAUAGGGAAACUAUAUUGAUGAAAGCAGGGCUUGUUUCCUACAAAAUAUGCACAAGAGCAGCAGCAGAACCGAAAGGACUUGCUGCAGCUCUGACAUGGCAAACAGUCAAACUGGGCAUGCAAAAAUAAUCUCAUAUGAUGAGCCUGAACAAGCCCUGCUUUUAUCCUAUUUUGAACUGAAUAAGACACCUUGCUUCUUCAGAUUAUUGUAGUUACUGGUUGUAUAGUUUGGAAAAUGAGACUGGAGGAGACUGAACUAUUCAUCCGGUUUUGUACACUGUUAACUCCCUCAAUAAAAUAAUUACAACCACCUUUUGAAAAAAUGUUAGCAGUUGGUGGCCAACCACGUUUUUGCAUUCCUGCAAAUAAAUUGUUUUAUACUGUAAAAUGGAGGUGAGUGUAACUUAUUUUUGUAAUAAAGUUUUUGAUUUCUA